CUCUUGCUCUGAAGAUCUCACACUCACUCUCACUCACACCCAAACAGAAAGAGACAAUGGCUCGGAUCUCAGCUACCACGAUCAUGCUGAUUAUUGCGGCUCUCAGUGUACUCUGUACAGAGACAUCAGCUAUGUCAUGUUGCAGAAAGUACACCAAAGUAGAAAUACCUAUAGCAAUCAUCAAAGGGUUUUCCAUCCAGACCAUAAAAGGAAGAUGCAACAUUAACGCUGUAAUAUUCCAUACAAACAGAGGCAAGAAUAUUUGCACUGACCCCUCUAAAUCCUGGGUGACGGACAACAUCAGUAAACUAAGGAAACAAGUGCAAGCAAUCAAAGGAAAGCAUUCAAUAUCAUAAUUCCAAACCUUCUGGGGCCAAACAGAUGUUCUUAAGAAGAUUUUAUCACAAAGAACCUACAUUUUUAUGCACUUUGCAUAGUUACUCUGCAUAUGUGUGUAUGCAUAUUACUUCAUAUUUCUUGUAUUUGCUUUAAUUAAUUCAAGGCAUUAAAAUAAUAAAUAAUUUUCUAAGUAAA